CAAAGCACAAAUGGGAAGGGAGGGAGAAGAAUCUCUCUCCCCAACUUUACCACGAAGAGGACCAAGUGGCCAUUUAUCGUACAAGUGAAUAUUUUCCGAAAUCUCCGAUGACAUGCCGAAGAAGUUCUUCGAUCACACUCAUACACACGCACGGACAUAACAUCACUGUACACAAAGAGGGUAUAACCGAGCUUGUUUUGGUGGGAAGACACAUGUUUACGAGAUGUGAAUGUAUUGGGAAGAUGGAGAAAUACGAGAAAAUCCGUACAGUGGGAAGAGGUGCUUAUGGAACUGUGUAUCUUUGUCGUAGAAUUGCCGACAAAAUGUUAGUUAUAGUUAAACAAAUCUGCGUGGAUCAAAUGACUAAAGAAGAAAGAUUGGUCUCGCUUAACGAAUCCAAAGUUCUGUCCAGGUUAAAGCAUCCGAAUAUUAUCGCUUAUUAUGAAAAUUUCCUUGAAGAACAAUCUAUUGUUAUUGUUAUGGAAUAUGCUCCAGGAGGAACGUUGUAUGACUAUUUGCAACAGAGAGAAGGAAAAUUAUUAUCUGAAGAGGAAGUUUUAUAUUAUUUCUCUCAAAUAGUUUUGGCUCUACAUCACGUCCAUUCUCAACAAAUUCUUCACAGAGAUUUAAAAUCUCAUAAUAUUCUUUUAAGUGAAAAAAAGAAUGUCAUUAAAAUAGGUGAUUUUGGAAUAUCAAAAAUUUUGAGCAGCAAAAGUAAAGCUUAUACAGUUGUUGGAACGCCUUGUUAUAUUUCGCCCGAGCUCUGUGAAGGAAAACCAUAUAAUCAAAAAAGUGAUAUUUGGGCUCUUGGUUGCACUCUGUAUGAAUUAUUAACUUUAAAACGACCUUUUGAAGCAACCAAUUUGCCCGCACUUGUGAUGAAAAUAAUUCGCGGCUCUUUCGCUCCUGUAGCCGAACACUACAGUAAAGAGUUGCGGAAACUUCUCCUGACUCUGCUCGACACGGAUCCAAAUAAACGUCCAACAAUCAAUCAAAUAAUGGCGUAUCCAAUUAUGAUAACUCCCAUUUUUAGUCUAUACGUUACAAUUGGUUCUUUAUCAAGUAUUGGAAAAAAUAAUUCUUCUAAACAAAAUGCAAUUAAACAAGCUGGAAGUGUUACAGAUAAUUUAGACUGUUCUGCACAUAAUGCAAAAUAUAUGUCUCAGAUGUCUUCCUCACGAAUCUAUUGUUGGGGUGACAGUGUUUUGACUCCAUUUCUUCUUCCUCUUCCUAUGUCUGAUACCGAAAUAACAACUGUGGCAAUAGGAGAAAACCAGAAAGUUGGGAUAACAAAAAAUGGUUUACUUAUAUCUUGGGAGGUUGUUGGAACGCCUUGUUAUAUUUCGCCUGAGCUCUGUGAAGGAAAACCAUAUAAUCAAAAAAGUGAUAUUUGGGCUCUUGGUUGCACUCUGUAUGAAUUAUUAACUUUAAAACGACCUUUUGAAGCAACCAAUUUGCCCGCACUUGUGAUGAAAAUAAUUCGCGGCUCUUUCGCUCCUGUAGCCGAACACUACAGUAAAGAGUUGCGGAAACUUCUCCUGACUCUGCUCGACACGGAUCCAAAUAAACGUCCAACAAUCAAUCAAAUAAUGGCGUAUCCAAUUAUGAUAACUCCCAUUUUUAGUCUAUACGUUACAAUUGGUUCUUUAUCAAGUAUUGGAAAAAAUAAUUCUUCUAAACAAAAUUCAAUUAAACAAGCUGGAAGUGUUACAGAUAAUUUAGACUGUUCUGCACAUAAUGCAAAAUAUAUGUCUCAGAUGUCUUCCUCACGAAUCUAUUGUUGGGGUGACAGUGUUUUGACUCCAUUUCUUCUUCCUCUUCCUAUGUCUGAUACCGAAAUAACAACUGUGGCAAUAGGAGAAAACCAGAAAGUUGGGAUAACAAAAAAUGGUUUACUUAUAUCUUGGGAGGUAAAUUUACAAUAAUAAACUGUAAUAAAUCUUUGCAAAACACAGAAUUUUAAUAAAUGGAAAAUUUUGAAUGCAAAUUAGAGAAAUGUAUUUAGAGAAACUUAUUUCUAAAAAUAGAAUAAUAAUUGAGCAUUGA